AUGGACGAGAAACACCGUAGGCGAAGAGACAAAGAUCACGAAGAACAUAGAAGGAAAUCCUCGAAACGUAGUGCAUCUUUUUCUGGGGACGAUAGAAAAUCUAAAAGAACCAAGGAGGAAAAAAAGAAGGAAUCAAAAAGAUCUAAAAAGGACAAAUCAUCAUAUAUGGAAUUGACUUCUUAUUCAAAUAUCGAGAAUCCAUUUAACGAUGACAAUCUCGGUGAAAAAUUUGAAUGGACCAAGAAAAAGGAUAGAGAAAAGAAAUUAGGAAUAUCACCCGAAGAAGCUUUACGCAAAGAUAGAGAACGACGACAAGAAGCACAGCUUGAACUUGAGAAGCUUAACAAACGAAGAAUUGAACGUGAAAAAGAACAACUUUUGAGAGAGGAAGAACUUUCACGUUUACAACGAGAAGCUGAAGUUGCGGCAAUGGGUGAUUGGGGAUCAAAAGAAGACGAAUUUCAUCUUGAACAAGAUAAAAGACGUGCUGAAAUCAGAAUUAAAGAAAACCGCGCGAAACCAAUUGAUAUUCUCGCUAUCAAUUUACGUUUAGCAGAUGAAUCAGAUGAUGUUGAUGAGGCCUUGGAAAUUGAUGUGGAUGAACCAUAUACUAUUUUUGAGAAUCUUUCUUUAAAAGAAGUUGAAGAAUUGCAUCAAGAUAUUCAAAGAUAUUUAAGCCUUGAAAGAAAUAGAAACAAUCUUGAUUUUUGGAGGGCAAUGAUUGUAGUAUGUGAUGAUAAAUUAUCCGAGCUUCAAGAGGAUGAAAAAAAUGCUGCCGCGAAUGUUAUUGCACCUGUUAAGGAAGAUAUAAAUAAUAUGUUAGCAGGAAAGACUUAUGAACAAUUAAACAAAUUACAAGCACAAAUUCAACAAAAAUUAUCAGGAAAUGAACCUGUAGAAGUUGAAUUUUGGGAGCAACAGUUAAAAGCAUUGACAGUAUGGAAAGCGAAGGCAAAAUUGAAGUCGAUGCAUGAAAUUGUUUUGCAAAAAAGACUUGAACAACUUCGUAGAAAACAAAGACAAGAAGCUAUUAAAGUACAAGAAGAAUUAGAAUCUGCCCUUACAUCACAUGGCGCACAUCACAUACAUCCUGUCGGACAAGAAACUACAGUUGAAGAAGUUGAAGAAGAAAUUCCCGAGCCUGUGGUAGAGGAAUAUGAUCCGUCAAUGAGUCCAGAACCUAUGCCUAGACUUUCCAGAGAAGAUAAACAAAGUGAAGUCAUUGAUCCUGAAGAGGAUUGGAAAAACCUUAUAGAAAAACGUCAAGAAGUAUUACGGAAUCAAUUUAUACCUAUGAAGGUUCAGCCAAAGAAACCAUCUCCUGAAGAUGAGGAAGAAUCAUUGGUUUCUAAAGUAUUGUAUGAACGUGAAGCAGCCAAAGAUUUAGAUGAAGAUGAAGCAAUUUUUAAUAUUGAAGAAGAAUUGGCGAAGACGACCUAUCUUUGGCAAGAUAAAUAUCGUCCACGUAAACCGCGUUAUUUUAAUCGUGUUCAUACUGGUUAUGAGUGGAACAAAUAUAAUCAAACUCAUUAUGAUAGUGAUAAUCCUCCACCAAAAGUUGUUCAAGGAUAUAAAUUUAACAUUUUUUAUCCAGAUCUAAUUGAUAAAACAAAAGCACCAACAUAUAGAAUAGAAAGAGAAACUGGAAACAAUGACACUGUAUUAAUUCGUUUUAUUGCUGGUCCCCCAUAUGAA